GAAGUAUUCAAAUGCAUGGAUUCUGAAAGCGUUUACUGGAAUUGUGCAUAUUAAGACUGAAGUCUUGGGACUUUGAAGUGAAAUCUUUACUUUUAUACUUUAAUCUGCAUAUGAUAGAUAGAUCCUGUGCUCCGGGUUAUCAUGACGUUUGAGCACUCUCUAAUUAACCACCAUGCAGAAAGUCAUAAAUAUGUUUACAACUAAAUCAAAAAAUCCUGAUCAUCAUAGGGAAAAUGAUGCUGCACGUCGUGCUCACUUAAUAAUGAAUGAGAAGCCAGCAGAAAUCAACGAAAGUAAUACAAAAGAUCAUACCUCUAAACUGCCUGCAGAGCUGAUGAUAUACAUGGCUGAAACACUGAUAGAGGUAGACAGCAAUUAUCUUGUCCGAUUUUCUCAACUAAAUCGACGGUGGAGAAGAACACUGUUUGAAACAUCGUCACUUUUUGAAAAGUGCAUAGUUGCAUACGAUUUGAAAACGACGUUUAAAAGUAUAAGGAAAAUCAAAUGGUUUAUGCAGUUUAAUCUUAAACACAUCAAAUUUGUACAUUUCAGCGAUUUGUCAAUGUAUGGUCCACCCGAACAAGAUGAUCCCAAUAGAGUUUUACAAUUGCUUGAAGGUCACUAUGAUGAAGUUAGUAUGGAAUCAAUAGAAAUCACAACAACUUUAGGGACAUACCCGAGGAAAUACAUCUGUUACAGAAUUGCAGAAAUAAUUGAACAUUUUAAUAUCACCUCAAUUCGUAAUUUGAUUAUCAACGCAAGUUUUUGCUAUUAUGAUUUAGGUGAUUUGCCACGAUUUUCAUUAAGGAAAUUUGUGAACAAAGACAUCGAGAAGCUCACAUGUAUCGGGAGAUUCAUGGGAGAAAGGAAUGAGGAAAUUUUUUACAUAUUUCCUCAGGUUAGGUCAGUUAUUAUCAAUGGGUCUGUAGUAUCAAUGGGAACGAUUGAACGUAUGUUUCCGAACUUAAAAUAUUAUGAACUUAAUAAUGUUAUAUUGAGGUCGCCUCCAACUCCACGUCCCAGCAAUCCCUAUGAACGUAUCGGUGUAUCAAAGGUGACGCCUGAAUUUCUGGUUUAUAUUGCUGAGCAUCUCUCACGCGUUGAUAAUGAAACUCUAUAUAAUCUUACACAAGUUUGUUCACUAUGGAGAAAUACGCUUCUUAGGGAACCACAGAUUUUCAAUCGAUGUACGGUCACUUUCAAACAUAAAAAACAGUAUAAAACACUUAGAAAAAUUGCGUGGUUCAGAAAGCUUGGUCUUAGACACUUGAAGUUCAUAUAUGUCAGUGAUUUAGAUCUUCAAACGUUCCAUUCUUAUGGUGACCCACAAGAAAGUCUAGAAAUACUUGGACGUAGCGACUUUGAGGGGAUUUCACUAGAUUCAGUGGAAAUUUACUUACCGUUAUGUCCAAGGAAGUGGAUUUUUGAUAGAAUAUAUGAAGUACUGGAUUAUUUCAAUAUAAACACAAUUCGUCAUUUGAUAAUAAACGUAGAAGAAUGUUAUACCAUGCAAAGCAAACAAAUUGAACUGCCAUUUGCACGAUUUCAGAACAAAUGCUUAGAAAAUCUCACAAUUAAAGCUCUAUUGCGAGUAGAUAGCUAUACUAGUACAGACUUUGACCUACGCCAGGCACGAAGUCUGCUUAUAGAGAAUAAUGUUCCUAUCGUGCAUUAUUUAGUUCCAACAACGAAACAAACGGAGGGAAAUACAGCUGAUCAGGGGAAGGAUGAUGCUUGAAACAAUCUUAAAACUGUAUAACAUGGCUCCUACUUUUCUUUUGAAUAGAAUCAAAUCUAGUAUCAGACAAAGCACUAUUUUUGCUUAGAAGCUGUAUUCAUACAUUCUAUCUAUGUAGUUAGUUUAUGUGCUUUAAAUGGAUUAUACUUUAGUUGAGGAAGACUAAUCAUCUUGAUAACUACAACUAUGCACAUUGUUAUCGACGAGGCGGUAUUUACAACACUGAAUCUUUGGUGAGGUGAAUUACUUCCUUCAGAAAUAUAGCGUCGAAACCGUAAAAUUGAUUUUCUCACCAGUUUCAUCAGCGUUGGUUAAUUUCAUUGCGUAGUUUUGAGAAGUGGUAUUAUAUAUACCUU